GUAUACAGUUGGAGUAUAAUCAUUUUACUUUUUUUGUUUCAGAAAUUAUGGUUACCGAAAUACCAUCCACAGAAAAAUCCUCUAACGUCAACAUUGGUGGUAUAGCAGGUGGUGCUAUCCUUUGCUUUGGUAUUCUGGUGUUACUUUUUGUGCUCGAAAUUUUUCUGAGACGAAGAACACUGAAGAAGCGAGCGGAAGAGAAGUUGGAAGCAGCGAAAAAAUCAUUAAACUGUGGCUAUGAGAUCCCCAGGAAGACAUUAGAGGAAACUUCUUACAAUAUAAUUGAAGAAACCACGUUCAGCCAUUCCAACAAGGAGCAAGAGAGUUCCAUCAACAGUGAUACCUCAGAGUGGGAAGACGAUUUUCAACUUGAUGAUCAAUCGACGGGUAGCAAAGACGAUGACAACCUUCCGCCCAAACAAAAUCAUUCAGACGGACCCAGUGUGUACCAAGAUAUCUCAGAAUUUCGCAAGCUACCGUCUAAUGGUCCAGAGCUUGCUUUACCGACAUUGCGAGAGAGUUGUCUGGAACAAAAUAUCUACCAGUCAAUCUCAGAACGAGAAACUCCCCAGUAUGGCAAUGUGGCCCAUCCUGAUAAAGCUUUUCCCAGGGGAAAUCUGAAAAUCAUCAAAGAGCUUGGCCGGGGAACCUUCAGUCGGGUGUUACUUGCUGAUGCAGAUGGUAUUGUUGACGGGGCGAAGGUCACGUUGGUCGCCGUCAAAACAGUCCAUGGGGAGGCGACUGAAGCUGACAAGGCGGCAAUGUUGAAGGAGCUGAAUGUGAUGAAAACUCUGCCAGAUCAUCCGAAUAUAAUUCAACUGCUCGGUUACUGCACAGAUCAAGACCCUCCCUACAUCAUCUUGGAGUUCUUAGCAAAGGGAAACCUAAAGGACUUCCUACACUACAGUCGAAGUCAGUGUGGAUUGAUGUAUGGUAAUUUGCGUGGCUUAAGCAAAUCACUGUCACCCAAACAUUUCCUGAAGUUUGCAAAGGAUGUUGCCGAUGGUAUGGAAUUCAUAGCCUCACAACAGUGUAUCCAUAGGGACCUGGCUGCCCGCAACGUACUUGUGGCAGACGACUUGACUUGUAAAGUGGCUGAUUUCGGACUCGCUCGGGACAUCAUGAACACCAGGCUGUAUGAGAGACGAUCAGCAUGUCAACUACCUCUCCGCUGGAUGGCCUUAGAGACAAUUAUUGAUGACGUGUACACAACAGAGAGUGACGUAUGGUCUUUUGGUGUGCUUUUAUGGGAAAUUGUGACUUUUGGCGCCCGCCCGUAUCCUAAUAUGCACCACACGACCAUGAUCGCAGAGCUACAGAAAGGCUAUCGUAUGCCCAAACCACUACACUGCACGACCAAAUUGUAUCGCAUGAUGCUGAAAUGCUGGCGUAUGGGUCCCGAGAGACGUCCUACUUUUACUCAGAUCAGUGACAAGUUAAAGAAACUCCUACGAGAGAGAAAAGAAUGCAUUUCAAUGAGAGACUUUGUGGAGCAUAUUUAUGAGGUCACGGUCCCACAUGGCGAUCAUGAAAAGGUUUGAAUGUACAUCGCCAGUCCACCUUUGAUGUGGAACUGCUCUUCUGAGGAUGUCAUCAUAAAAUCAAAAACUAGAAACCAAAAAGGUGUGAUGUCUUAAAAAUACUUCACCCAGAACUUUACAUUAGAUUGAUAUUAGCUUUAAAUUUUCACUUGACACAAAAACGCUUUUCACUCAAUACGAGAAAGUAGUUAAAAUUACUGAAAUUUCAUAAGAUAACUGAUGAUUCUUUGGAAUACAUGAUUUCAAAUUAAACACAAUGAAACGGCAGUUCAAGUCAACAGUUAUUAUUCCGUUCAUUCUGAAAGCUCCUUCGAUUUUCUUGACGUUCUACUUUUUAGAAAGUUGGAUUUUAUGUUUUAAGAAGUCCGUGCUGUUUUUUGGGCAAAAUGUGCUAAACAUCUCAGUGGUUGUGUGCGCUUAUAACUGUAUUUGGCGAACCCAAGGCGGGUCUACUGUAUUAUGUAAAAUGGAAUUUGAGGGUGGAUAUCGCAGGGCAGUAGUACUUCUUUUCUUCUCUAAAAAUCAAAUAAAAUUAUUAACCAUGACCUGAUCGUUGUGCCCGUCGGUUUCACAGAUAUUUCACCGAUUGUUCGUUUUUGAAAAAGUUCAAUAUUUGUCACUUGAACCAGUGUGUAGGGUUGACUGAAAAGGAAUACUGAGGGUUUCAUUAAUUUAUAAAAUGUAUUUGUCACUCAUCUGGGGAUUUGAGGAGCCAUUGUAGUUAUUUAUUAGACACUAUAAGUAGAACUCAACAUAUGGGCUAUUACCUGUGGCCAUGCAAUCUUUGAAAAAAAAAACAUUGCCUCAAGAAGCAAACAUUCUACACUUAGACCAAUCAUAUGAUACCACAAAAUGCCUUGAUAUCACACAUUAUAUUCAAUUAGAAUUUGGGAGACUCGUUAUGGUUUUUGUCAAAAGAUAAGUGAUUUAUAAAUCCUGUUUAUGGAGUCUUUUGUGGAAAUUGUUAAUUCAUGUUUAUGGAGUAUUUAUAUAGAAAUUAUUGAGGUAAAUUUAGCAAUCAUUAGAGAUUUGUUUCCCCUUUUUUUGCAAACCCCACUCUUGAAUGUAGUGAACUAUUCAAAACCAAAUAUUAAUGGAUAAUAGUACGUACACUACAAUGUUAUGUAAAUUAAGUAUGUUUCAGUGACUUUGGUUCAAGGCACACCCAUGUGUGUGUGCUGACAGGCACUACCAUUGCAGUUUGAGUGGUGAAAAAAUGGGUAGUCCACCUGUGUGGUGAGGUACAAAACACUGAGUGUAUUGUACCUAGGGCCUGACCCUAAAAAAAAAACAGUUUGGAAAACUGUCUUUUUUUCCCUGAGGGGAAUCAAAAGUCUUGUAGGUUCUGAGUAAACCAUUUGCUUCUGUGUGGACAAGUCGCAACUACUUGACGGUUCUAGGUGAACCAGCCACUCCAUCGGAUUGAGGGGACACAGGCCUUUAAAUAGGGUUCUCACGGACAUUGUAGAAUUUGCGGGAACAUGUGCCCCUUCGGUAGCUUGGAGAUUGACCCCUGCCCUGGGAUUCAUUGGCUCCUGAGUCAAAGUUUUCACUGACCCAGGGAACUGGCAACAACCUGGACAUCUGUCAAGGGCAUGCAAGCUCAAAGGGCGUGGCCAUCACUGUCACCUUUGGAUUGAUGGAUAUGUGGUUCCUGAAGGGACCUGAAUAAUUGACGGGUCGGGUUGUAAUUUUUUUCUUGUAUGGUCGUGGGGUGUACAAUUAGGAUUUUAAUUAAUAAAAACCCUCCGAUGCACCGACUUGCUAUUUUACUGAUCAUGGACCCAUGUCCGUCAGUGAGUUUGAUCGACUUAAAAUCAUGCCCCCAGCCCCAAAGACCCUUUAAUGGCAUACAGUUUAUUUAAAGGAGUCCCUGGGUGUCUGCCAAUGCCUACCAAUAAAAGAAACCGACAAGUAACAUGCCAGAAUAAGGUCACAGUACCUUUUUAUCCAGGGGGGGAUCAAGUCAACAAAAAUGUGACACCUCCCGACACAACAUGAAACAACUCAGACAGCUGCCUAGACAGCUCAGAGACACACCAGAGAGACUAACAAUUGGUAUAUGGCAGGCUCUGGCCUUUGUGUAAAAAAUCCCAGAGAGAGUGCAGAGAGAUUAGGAUGUAUUCCUACUGGACGUAGCAAGAGGCUGGCUCUGGUGAAACUGAUACCAGCCAAGGGGAAAUCCCUACCAAGGCGACUAAACUAGGUUUAGCACCGGGAGAGGUAGGAUUAGAAGUAGGGUCUUCGCAUUUGGCCGUAAAAAAAAUAAUUAAAACAAAAAUUUAAAAAUGCCCUUCAUUUGACGGAGGGCGCUCUACUCAAGUUAAUUACAAUUUUAUGCACAUAGGGAUACUGCCAGUGCUUAAGGAAACUGGUGAAAUCAGCACAAUAAUGUAAUAAUAGGAAUCUAAAAAAUAAUUACAUUUUGUGAAAUUACAGAAAAGGUUAACAAUUUAUUAAUUUGUUGGGUUUCUUUUAGCCCCAAGCUUGUCUGCCUACUACCGUACUGUUUAGAAGACUUUUCACUGUUGGUCUACUAUGGGGAAAAUGGACCCUACAUUGUAAAAUUGUAUGUGAGGUACUAUGUGUCAGACACACGCAUUUAAAUGUUGUAAAUAUGUUGGCUAGGCUUUGUUUUUCAUUUUUCAAAUUCCUUUUCUUUUUGCUAUAAAUCGUUUGUUUUUGAUUCAAUUAUGUUCAGUUUUGCUCUUGGAAAGAUAUAUCAUAUUUAUAGAAACACUUUUGGCUACGUAUACGUUGCAAAUCCUGGAUAUUGGGACCAAAACACUUACAUUAAAGCUAUCUCUAGGGCAACAUUUUAAUCAGUUACAACAAUAAGCUGAUUUUUUACAAAGGUUGUAUAUGAUAAUGGCAACGGAGUGCUAAUAAAAAGAGCUGAAUUUCAAAGGCAAUCAAUCAAUCCUAACAUUGAGGGAGAUAUUUCAAAGAUGGAUUUGCGCCGGGGAGAUGUAAAUUUAGUUUCGAUGUUUUUGCUCUGCCCGACGUGUAUUUUUAAAAGAGUACGCAUGUUGGUUCUUUUCACAAGCCUUCGGGGGGAUACACUGAGCAUACAGUGUUAGAAAUACGCUUUGUAAAGGCAACAAAUCCAGACUUAAUUAACCGAGGGAGAUGUUAAACGGAUAGAUAUACAUAGCUAUUGUCAAUUGGAAAGUUAUGAGCCCGAUUAUCAUGCACGGUGUCGCUUUUUUCUACUUUUAAAUUAAUGCUGAUGAACCCUUGUAAUGUUGGGUGAAUAGUUACUCUAAUUUUCCACUGUAGUUAUUUAUAGUGUGUAAAACACAUGUGUGCUCUGUUGGAAAAUAAUCGAUAUGGUAAUUAUCAGCCACUUUGUAUUUAAAAGUAAUGGUUACUAGCUGUUAUACUUUUACAAUAGUUUAAAAAUUAGGCUUCAUUUCCACCAGUUUUCUUGCUUUUAAGGUGGAUAGUUAUCAAAAAGCAAUCCACUGUUGAAAAACGAAAUUAGAUACGGUUUGUUUAGUUUCAAAUACGUUUUAGCAAGGUGUUGGCCUUUGCUAAAGAGUUAAAAAUACACUCCUACUUCAGUUAUGCUAGAAGAUUACGUUAUUUGCCUUGUUAAAAGAUCAUUAUUUACCAGACGUGAAAUCAAUACCUUAUUUCGGCAUGUAGAUGGAUUUCGUAGUAAAUAUUAAAUUCGGAAACUGUUAAAUUGGAAGCCAUUAUAACACCAUCGGUGUAUGUGAUAUAAAUAAUCAAGCUCAAAACACUGCACUUAUAUACAGAAUAAAAUACAGCAAUAU